AUGACUGACUGGUGCCCGACUUGCUGCACAACCAGUGCAGGACCAGUACACUCAGUGCAGGACCAGUACAGGACCAGUACACUCAGUACAGGACCAGUACACUCAGUGCAGGACCAGUACAGGACCAGUACACUCAGUACAGGACCAGUACACUCAGUGCAGGACCAGUACAGGACCAGUACACUCAGUACAGGACCAGUACACUCAGUGCAGGACCAGUACAGGACAAGUACACUCAGUACAGGACCAGUACACUCAGUACAGGACCAGUACACUCAGUGCAGGACCAGUACAGGACAAGUACACUCAGUACAGGACCAGUACACUCAGUACAGGACCAGUACACUCAGUGCAGGACCAGUACAGGACAAGUACACUCAGUACAGGACCAGUACAGGACCAGUACACUCAGUACAGGACCAGUACAGGACCAGUACACUCAGUACAGGACCAGUACAGGACCAGUACACUCAGUACAGGACCAGUACAGGACCAGUACACUCAGUACAGGACCAGUACACUCAGUACAGGACCAGUACACUCAGUACAGGACCAGUACACUCAGUACAGGACCUGUACACUCAGUACAGGACCAGUACACAGUACAGGACCAGUACACUCAGUACAGGACCAGUACAGGACCAGUACACUCAGUACAGGACCAGUACACUCAGUACAGGACCAGUACACUCAGUACAGGACCAGUACACUCAGUACAGGACCUGUACACUCAGUACAGGACCAGUACACUCAGUACAGGACCAGUACACUCAGUACAGGACCAGUACACUCAGUACAGGACCUGUACACUCAGUACAGGACCAGUAUCAUGUAAGGACCUGUACGCCAUCAUGUAAACCACGCCACUCAGUAAACCACGCUAUCAUGUACAGGACCAGUACAGGACCAGUACACUCAUGUAAGGACCAGUACACUCAGUACAGGACCAGUACACUCAUGUACAACCAGUACACUCAGUACAGGACCUGUACACUCAGUACAGGACCAGUACACUCAGUACAGGACCAGUACACUCAGUACAGGACCAGUACACUCAGUACAGGACCUGUACACUCAGUACAGGACCAGUACACUCAGUACAGGACCAGUACACUUAGUACAGGACAGGUACACUCAGUACAGGACCAGUACACUUAG